AGUGGCCAAGAAAGUGCAGCGCGCGUUCUAAGAAAUUUUAAAUAAAUUUUGUGGUGGAAUAAAUUCGAACAUAUAUAGAAAUGUUUAAAGUCGAUAAAAGUAAUGAGUUGUCUCAUAUGUUGCAUUCAAAGAAACAUAGUUCGAACGGAAGAUCUGUGGAGUCGUUGAUUGGAGAAUAUGGGGAGAAGAAAGAUUUUCUGGAAUUGCAUAGCUUAAUGGAGAAUACUGACACCGUGACGUUAGUUGCGAUCUUAAAUUCGAAAUUUGGACGAAAUGAUUUUGUAUCGUUUUGGAGUUUCAUCCUUGAAGGCCUUAGCUUUGGAUACAGUAGUCGUCAAAUCAAAGAAAAACGUUUUUUUUUGGUGAAGCAUUUACUAAAAAGUUUGCAACGUUUUGAAUUGAGAGACAAGCAGUCCUACGAUUUGAUAAAACGGCUAUGUCAGCAUGUAUCAACAUUUCCUUCUAACCAGUUAAUUUAUAUUCUCGAUCUUUGUAUCGAGGGAAUACGUAUGGGUGAUCGUAAAUAUGUGUGUUGGAAAGAUUUACUACCGGAUGUUCUGAAAGUUUUGGAGAAUCAACCACAAUUGGCUGUUGACGGCGUACUUAUUAAAGGAAUUGAAUUCCGUGCAAAUACAGUCAAUAGUCUGAUAACAAUGAAUUGGCCCAUAGAGAUCAUAACUUCGAUUGCGGACAUGUUUAGGGAACUGAAUUUGAAAAGUUCUGAAGUAAAUGCAGUGCUUAACAAAUUUGGUGGAUUGGUUCUAACAUUGUCCCCUAUUGAUUUGCCGCCAUUAGCUUUUCAAUUAUUUUCUAUGUGUUCGACGUGUACAGAAGUAAUGAUAUUAGUGCUAGCUUUUGACAAAUAUUUUUAUCGUUUUUAUUACAAAAAACUGUUUGCUGAAAUGGAAAGCAAUUCAUCUGACUUCGACUCUAUUGAUACAUUUUCCGAUAAAGAAAUGCGUGAGGCCGAGGAGACGGUUUUACAUCAUUUGAAUUACUGCACACAAUAUAAAAUAGGAGAAACUAAAAUAUUUGCUGGUUUGCGAAACUUUAGCUCAAUGCCCGACUUGAUAUUGACUCCUUUUAUGAUAAGUUCAAUAAUAUCUUUGAGCUCUGCAAAUCGGGAGCCCGAAUCACGGCGUAUUACCACAUCUUGUCUUUUGAAUUUUUUGCGCAGUGUCAUGCACAAUAAUGAGCAUGAACAAAAAAUGGCAAAAUAUUCAGCAUGGUUUCGGGAUACAUUGCAGCGAAAGCAAGUACAGUUGGAUUAUAUUCUCUCAGUACUUAUUGAUCAGAAUAAGAAUGGACAAGAUAUCAUUACACCAGGUUUGGUUAAUUUAACUUUUACUUUGCUUAAAACAAAGAACAAUGUGCCAUUAAACUCUUUGGCUAUGAGAUUUUUAUCUAAAUUUAUACGCAAACGUUUUGUAUUUGGACAUGGAAUUGUGAAAAAAUUGGCAGAAUGGAUGAUGGUAGAACAAGAUCAGUUUCAGUUUGGUGAGUGCUUACUUAUGUUGAGCGUUGCAGAUACAUUCACAGUUUCUGAGUGCGUAAAGACUAUCAAAUAUGUAAUGGAGUUUUUUUUGUGGUUACCAGGCGAUCAAUCAAUGCGAAUGAUGUCGUUUAUACUACCAAUACUAAAAAUAUCUGCCGUUGUGCGAGACGCGUUCAUUGAAGUGCUCCGGAAAGCCAUGAGUUCAAGCAUGAAACACAUUCGAACAAUGGCGGUUUAUGGUUUUUGUAUGGUUCUUAAGCAAUUGAACAAUAGUAAUUCUCAACGAUCGCAGUCAAAUCCGUCUAGUUUUUGUACCCAAAAUAUUUCCGCAUUCUCAUUGAUAUCUCAAGGGGCUAUUGACAGUCGACAAUAUCCUUACCGUUAUUUUGAUAUGUUAACCCAGGAAAUAAUGGGACUUCUGAGGAGUUGUUUUGCAAGUAAUAUUGUUAUGAAGAGGGUGUUAUAUGAAAACUUGCAGCGUGCUGUAGAAUUAAAUCCAAAACUUGUGCCGCAUGUGCUUCAAUUUAUUGACUGGCAUUUUCGUUCGUUUUUUCGGGUUCCCAAAGUCACUGACGUUGAAGGGAAUUUCAGCGUGAUAUUUGAUAAAGCUGUGCGGACCUCUCCAGUUAAUGCGUACGAAUUACAAAUUCAAGACAAUCUGGGUCUUUUAGUACAGUUUGUUAGCCAUUGUUUAAUUAAACUUGAAGAAUUCGAAAGCGAAUAUGAUGUAAGAGAAAUUAAACGAUUAUUGCGUUUAGCUGUGGAAAAAGUAAUUACCAAGGAGUUGCAGUUCGAAGAAAAGGAUGACAACUGGCAACCCAAAAAGAGCGUAUUACUAGAAAUACAAAUAAAUUUUUUAGAAGGCUUAAUGGCGUAUUCUUUACUUACUGCGAAUUUAAAUAAUGACACAAUUACACAUAUUUUGCCAUUAUUCAAAAUACACUGCAAGUUGAGUGAGACGUACAAGAAUUAUGCGAGCAUAUCGAGGAAACAAUUACAAAAAAAUAAUAAGACCAGUAAUGCUGAUGGAUCUACAAUGAAGAAUAUAACCAUUAAUGGUAUGGUAGUAAAAAACUUUAAUUCCACAAGUUUGGGAAAUAUUUGGGAUUUUCAUGUUAUUGAAAAGUUUCUGCGACUUCUGCAUGAGGAUGUUGUGCCCUUUGCUACAAGUCAUAAUACGGACGUACUUCGCUCAAAUGUAAAAUUUGUUCGGUACGUGCUGGAAAUUACUGCACAAAAGAUAGCAGCUCUGCGUGAUGAACCAAAAUAUAAACAAUUGGCUCAUAGUAAGCGCAUUUUGAAAUAUCUGGCAGAUAUAACAAAAGUUGUCUACGAACGUUGUAUUCGUCGUUUGGGAGACAUAUGGUCCAGCUUUGAUGAAAACACGGCUGCUUUAUCUGCCGAAUGCUUUCAGCAGUGCCUACAAACCGCAGACGUAAUUUAUAAGAAACAAUUUGUUGAAAUAUUCUUAAAAGGUUUCGAUUUGCAUUCCAUGAAUAACUGUAAGCAAUCUCCUGACAUUUUACAAAAUAUAAUCGACGAGUUCAUGGAAAUGGAAGAUUCUCCAGAUACAGUAAAUUCUUAUAAGGGUAAUAGGCAUGAUGAUAAUUCUGAUCGCAAACGAAUAUUACAAGCUUUGCUUCAAAGUCUUGAAGUGCUUUAUGAUAAUUUUUCAUUUACGGAUCGCAUAACAAUUGAGUCAUAUAAAUGGUUACUGAAAUUCUGCAAAGGCAACGUUGUAAACUCUGAAAAUUUGAGCUUAGUGCAUAAACUGCUAUUCACUCAACGACAAAAAACACACGCCGGCGCCUUCUUCAACACAAUUGCUCUACAAUUAUGCACCGUUUGGGGUGCUAUAUCCAACGAGUUUUACGACAGUGAGUGUCCCCCGGCCUUUACUUUCAAAUCAUUGACCAUGGAAAGUGCAAAACCAUACUUCUUAUAUUUAUGUCAGGCACUACGCAAACAAAUAGAUGAUGUAGAACACUUUAUUCUCAAAGCAAAUAAUUUAAACUUCAAAUGUCGUAUUGUAACAGACGAUGAGCGAGACAUGUCUCUUACUCAGUUACGUUCGAUGGAGCGAUCGAUAUGUUCACAGUUGCUUCAUAUCUCAAAUGCAUUAAAAAAUCUUGUGAAUGCUUGCAUUCCCUUAGGUUCGUCAAUGGACCACCUUUUGAAGCUUUUAAUGCAGCACUAUAUAUGUUUAAAAAGCCUUACUAAACAUUUCUUAAGUCGAGUUGAGGUAUCGCAAGUUUGUAUGCAAUCAACAAAGUUUGAGUUUUUGUUGCGUGCUAUUGGCAAAUCCCUUCCCACAAAUAUUUAUGCUCUUAUUUCAUACAUUGAAGAAAACGUUAUCGAUAAAGACCAAGAAAACCGUUUGAAUCCGAAAGCAGAUGGUGCUAAAAUAUUGCGUGAAACGAAACUUAUACCAAAAGUGGUAUUGCAUCUAGAGUCUUUUAAUCGUUUUGUGAUAAUUUUAUCGAAGAAAACAAACAGCCGCAUAUCUAAUUUACUGCAUCAAGGCACAGUUCAUGAUUUCCGUUUUCGCACACAUGCAUUGACAGCGGCAGUUCAGCGUACAUUUUCGCUAAGCAGGGAGAUUUCUGUAGAUUUUAGUGACGAAAACAUGACCGAAAAAGAGAUUAAGGAAGAUUACUUGGAAAUAACGAUGGACGAAUUGCCCACUGUGUCAAGAAAAAUGGGCAAAAAACUCGAAAGAAAUGACGAGCAUUCCGAUAAUAUAAAUGAAGCGGAAGAAACUUUGCAAAGAGCUGCAUCUAAAUCGGUUUUGGACGCCAAUUCAAAUCAUUCAGCUACUGGUCUAAAAUCAUCAAAAAGGAAAUUACGCAGUUGCGAUAACGACAAUGAUGGAGAGUUGUUCAGUAUUGAUAUUGUGGAUAGUGCGACACGCCCCUCUUCAGUAUCGGAUAAUGUGGAGGUCUUAGAGCAUGAAAGCAAUCAAGAAUCCGCUUCACAGUUAUUUAAAAACUUGGCAAAGAUCAAUAAGAAAGCUAAAAAAAGAGGAUUUAAAGAUAUUGAUGAUAAUGCUGUGGUGAACGCAGGAGUUAUAAUUCCACCUAAAAAACGACGUGAUCGUACGUUAAUUAAAAAAUAAAAUAUGAGACAAUUAAAUUAACCCUUCUGUUAUGUUAGUAAAAAGUUGCACAUGUGAUGUUAAGGUCACGGAAUGACCUAGUCGGAGUUUUGUAAUGGUAUCCUAUAAAUAUUUUUUCUAAUAUUUCUUAAUUUUACU